UAUGAGAAUUGUACUAAAUUAGCAUAAACAUUUUAGAAAGCGAUCUUUAAAAAAGUAAUGUUCUUAUUUCAUUAACACAGAACAAAAGUGUUACUUUAAAAAUACCUUUCUUUCACUAUUUGUUGAUUGACGGGACGGCAGUGGAUUGGAUUUGUUGCAAGUUUUGCAAUUUUUAAAGAUUACCAACAAAUCUUAGAAAAUAAACAGUUUGUGUAGGUUUACAACCCACUAGUGAACUCAAUAAAUCCUUAAUAACCUCAUCAACAUGUCUUCGUACAAACCCAUUGACUCAAAAAGGGAAGAAUUUCGCCGCUAUUUAGAGAGAGCUGGCGUGAUGGACGCUCUCACGAAGGUCCUCGUAAGUUUGUAUGAAGAGCCAGAUAAACCGGAGGAUGCUCUGGAGUAUGUUCGUAAGCACCUGGGCACUGACGGCGGGGACGAUGAGUUAGAAGCAGCGCGCGCCCGCAUUGCAGAACUAGAGGCUGAAAACGCGCUUCUUAAAGGAGACGCCGCACCCACAGAGGGAUAAAACAAAUUAUUACUAAUAUUAAUGUUCAAUUAAAUGAUCUCAUUAUAAUAAUGAUCUCUAACAUAGAAUAUUCCUGUUGAUCCUGAGAAAUAUAACUUAGUGUUAUGGUUACAUUUACUGAGAGUAUUAUUUUUGUUGUUAUUUAAGGAUAUUUAGUUUAAAUGUGCAAAGUGCACAAUUAAAUUUUCUGUUCUAAUACAAUUUUU